GGCUGAAAAUAUAGCAUUAAUAUUUGACAUAAAUAUGUGAAAUCCCUUAUCCUUAUCAAUUAUUUCUUAUUCAGGUGCUUGAGGAUGGUGUUCUAGAUCCAGAAACAACAGUGGUGACUAUAUUCCCAACUCCCAUAUGUUAAUGUUCCUCUUAGUUGGAGAAUGAGACAACAUGAGAAGGUGCUUGCGGUUGGUGUUCUGGAUACAGAAACAACAGUGGUCUCUAUCUUCCCGUCUCCUAUGCAUUAUGCAGGUCCGACUGAAGUUCAAUGGCAUGCAAAAGCUCAUAUAAAUGCUUGAAAAUGUUUCCCUAAGCUUAGUGCCAGUAAAACUGAGGAAUGUUA